UAUGACGUUGUGGGAGGAGUUGCGUGCCGUGCGCAGAGAGGAAGGGGAUCCAGCAGAGACUGCUAGAGAGAGAAGGAGAGUCGGGGGGCAGCAGCGGAGACGGAGCAGGGAGGGGGCAAAGGACGACGAGCUGAAAGGGGCCCCGAGGCGCGCGGGGGAAAGGAGCCACAACGCGAAGCAGCCUCCCUCCCUGCGGCCGGACCCUGCCAGCCAGCUAGCUACCCCUCCCCCAUCCUUACUCACCUCACUGCUUCGGCCAAUCAGCUGUGGGGGGGUGCCCGCGAGGAUAGCAGAGGGUACCAGCCUCACGGCCAAUCAGCGUUAGGGGCUCGCGGGACCCCUUGCCGCGAGCCUGAACGAAAGCGACAAGGGGGGGUGUUGAAACCACCUUCAACGGCCGGCGCUCUUAAAGGUACAACUUGGGGGGCAGCGAGAAGAGGGGACACUUUCAGCCGGAGGACAACAACCCCCCCAACCUUCAGCUCCUGUCAAUGGAUUUAAAGGGAGCUCGGCCCUCUUAAAGGGGAGUUCUUAGGCCCUCAUUGUGGCUAAGAGGGAGGGGUGGUCCUUAAAGGUGAAAUUUGGAUUUCUCUGGAGGACUUUGGACACUGACACUUAAAGGGGAGUGGAAACUGACAAGAAAAAAAAAUGUUUGGAGGGCGUUUAAUUCCGAUUGUUAAAAGCGUAGAUGCCUGACAAGGGAGAACUUUAAAUCCAGAUUCUUAAAGGGGAGCCCAUGCUUUGGCAGGAAAUGUGUGGCGGACUUAAAAUCGUAAAUCCUUAAAGGGGAAUUGAAUGAGAAGAAAUUGAGAUCCUCAAAUCGGGGGUUCUUAAAGGCGAGGUCACACCCUAUAGGAGGAAUCCAGGACACCUUUUUUAAAAAAUAUAAUUGAGAUUUUCAAGGAGGAAUCAUCCCAGAACCGACCCUUCAAAGAACGCAGAAGAGGAAUCUUGAAAAGAUAUGGUACCACAGAACUGCUUUUGGGAGCUCUCCUCAUCAAAGAGGAGGAAGUGACUUGCCCUCUGAGCGGAAGCCAUUUGCCAUUGUUGGCAGAAGCCACCUCUGCCGUCUUAAAGGGGCUGUUCAAGCUGUUAGCACUAUUGGGGGGGGGUUACAUUUAAAACCUAAUUCUUUAAGAGAAAGUUGAAAGGACAGUUUUCUGUUUAAUCUUUAAAAAAACAACCAUAUAUAGGCACUUAAAGCAGAGGCUUCCUUCAAGAUACAAGAAAGCUGCCAAGUAUUGGAGUUUGUUUUAGAACUGUUUUUUUUUUUUAAAAGGCACCUAUCCCUCAACGCUGUAUCACAGUUGGAGGGAUGUAAAAUCCUUAUUAUGAACGAGGGUGUUGGUGUUUGACAGAUUUUCUUCCACACCUAAAUAGGCUUCAUGUUUAAGAGAGCUCUCUGUGUGUUGACAGGGGCUAAUUUCAUGUAAAACAAAAAUUACUGGAUCAAAUUCUGCUUUUUAGAGUUUUAUGUUGAAAGUAUUUAAUUUUUUUAAUUUAAUGGUGUUUCCUUUAAGAGAAAGACAAAAAAAAAAACCCCAGAAGAAAUUGGCAUCUGUGUCACUUGAGAGAGAAUUAAGCUUGAAUGACAGGAGAGGUGCCUUGACUUUCCCAGAGCAAAGAGGAUCCUCUUGUUUUGAAUGGGCUCUCUAAAUCAAGGAAAGGUUAGUGACAACGGUAAGGUGUAGAGGUCAAGCUUUUUUUUGCCACAGAUUACAAAACUCUUUUAAAAAGGAGCCUUGCUUUUGUUUCUUUGAGUGGCAUCCGCAGAAGAACGAAGGCUCACUUGAGAGCAGCUGCAAUGCAACUGGCUGGGGAAGGGUGAAGAGUCCCCCCCCUUUCUCCUGUGUCUGCAGUAUCCACAGGACACAACACAACACAUUAUCUGUACCUCAAGGGGGGAAUAAUGGAAGGAACAGCAGCAGCUCCUGCCCCAUGCUGGAGUGGGGGAGGAGGCAGCAGUAGCCGAGCACGGAGGCAGCGACGGUGCUCACGGCGGGACCGUGAGAGCCGCUGUGCUCGCCGUCGGGGGGGCCAUCCUGGGGAUGGGUCUCGUCGCGGCCUCUCAUCGUCCUCGUCUUCAGGUUCGGACAGUGAAGGCCCCUCCCCACCUGCCCCUGUGGCACCCGGCAAAGGCCGCCCCCUGCAGCAGCAGCGCCGGCGGCGGCGGCCCCUCCGGCGACGGAAGAGAGUCUCUGGAUCAUCCUGCAGUCGUGAGGAGGAGGAGGAGGAAGAGGAGGAGGAGGAUCUCAUUGAUGGCUUUGCCAUUGCCAGCUUUGUCAGUCUUGAGGCACUUGAGAAGGAUGCAACCUUGAAGACUCCGGAGCGUCUGGAGCUCCGAAUGAAACAUUCUGGAAAGAGGAAACGGGGAGAAGGGAACAACACUGAGCCCGAGGAUGAGGAUGGGAGCUCAGAGAAGGGUCGCAGCCGGGAGAGAGCAGUGAGAAAGCGUACCAAGAAACGGCACAAAGAGCCUUCUGUCCAAUCCUACUUGGAAACUGGAUAUAUAUGUGAUACAGAAAGUGACCCAGAGGAGCAGGCCUCCGUUGAUGACCUCGAACAGUCAUUCACUGUCUCAACCAGCAAAGCCUCGGGACCCAUUGGUGCAUUAAAUGGGAGCUGUGAAGCCAAACUCUCUGUGAUCCCUAAAGUCUCCGGCCUGGAGCGGAGCCAGGAGCGUAAUUAUGAGGCCGACCGGGACCCCCUGCUAGUGCCUUUCCUGCCCAAGGAGCCCCCUUCUCAGGCAGCCGCAGCCCCUGCGCCAGCUCAGGCCUUGCCCCCCAGUCCUCCUGCCCCACCUCCCGCCAGGACUCAGGCUCAGACGCCUAAUGCUGUUCGCGGGACGCCCCAGCCCAAAGGCCAGCUGCCUCCAACGCCUCAGGGGGGAGCAGUCCCCCACAACCUCACCCAGAGCCAGCUGCACAUGAAGGUACCACCCUUUGCCAGUCAGAUGCAGGCACCCUACGCUGUAGGGUUGGAUCUCAGCACCGGAGGGUGCAGCCGCGGCGCAGCUCACCCCAAGCCCAUCCUCCCUCCAUGCUCCCCCUCUUCCUCUCAGCUCCCACACCGACCCUCCACCCCCUCGCUGGCCCUGCCCCCCCACGCCUUUCCACCCACUCUUCGGCCCCCUUCCCACCACCACCCAGGCAUGUUCACCCCCUCGCCUGGCCUCCCCCCGCCACCCCCGCUGCUUCAAGUUGCCGGGCACCCAGCUGCAGCCGCUGCCAUGUCUGAACAAGAAUUAAUCCGCCAAGACCUGAGUUCCCGCUUCCUCACGGCCCAAGGCGGAGCCGACAUGGGGGCUGCCGCCAUCCGCCCACUGGCCUUCCAGUUCCACCAACACAACCACCAGCACCAGCACACCCACCAGCACACCCACCAGCACUUCACCCCUUUCCCAUCAGGCAUGGUGCCCACACCCAGUCCAGCCAUGUAUGAGAAAUAUCCUGGCAAGAUGGAUGGACUCCUGAGGCAUAAUUUUUAUGCCGCCUUCCCCCCAACUGUGUCAGGGAUCUCCCCGGUCCUGCCUCCCGCUGUGACUUUUGGCUCCCUGCAGGGGGCCUUCCAACCUAAGAGCACUAACCCUGACCUGCCAUCCCGCCUGGGUGCUGUCCCACCCACCUUGUCCCAGAAAGGCACUCAGCUCACCGAUCCCUUCAGGCCGACACUAAGAAAGCCCGGAAAGUGGUGUGCCAUGCAUGUCCGUGUCGCCUAUAUGAUCCUGCGGCACCAGGAGAAGAUGAAGGUAGGGUGGGCCUGUGCCACCUCCCCCUUCCAUCUGCAUACAGUGACAGGGUGUGGCACAGCUCCCGCUGGUGGCCGCCAGAGGGUCUCUGCAAGCAACGGGAGAAGCCUCUCCCAUUCUGCUCAUCUGCUAUCUGUGCUGGACCCUGGAUCCAAGGCAGGGUCUCUGAUGCAGGGUGACCCCCACAAAUUGGAUUUUCGGAAUGACCUUCUCACUGGUCUGCCCGGGACUGGAGCCUUUGGCAGCCUGCCCCACAGCCAGGAGCUGGCACGCCCUGCCACCCUCUUCACAGCCUCUGGUGCCGUCCACCCAGGCAGCGGCUCCUCAUUUGGUCCUGCCGGCACCCCUCAUGGUUCCUUCCUCAGCCCCAGCCCCCACAUUGAUCCUUUUGGCAGGCCCCCCAGCUUCGCCUCCCUCGGGGCACUCUCCAAUGGAGCUUUUGGGGGCCUGGGCAACCCAUCCUUCAACUCGAGCGCUGUCUUUGGGCAGAAAGACAGUCCUGGAGCUCCCCCCUUCCCUAGCCCCCAUGAGGCAUGGAACCGCUUACACCGCACACCCCCUUCCUUUCCCACUGCCCCAGCCUGGCCCAAAGGUGGGACUGGAGAUGGGGCUGAACGUGGAGGCACCCAGCAUGAGAAAGAGAGUGAGAAGCCAGAAGGGCCAGUGAUCAAAGAUGAAAAGGACAGAGAGACCCUCUUCUCACGCCAUCCACUGCGGGCUUCUCCAGCUACUCCCACCCCAAAGAACCCAGCCCUGGCCCACGAGGAGCCCCCAGGUCGGCCACACAUGCCAGCAGAGCGCGAGCACCGCUAUGGAAGCCCAGCAAGUUCCGGCCACGCCUCCCGCUCCCCUUACCCAGAGCUGCCUCUGAAGAAGGAAGUGAAGGUCAAGGAAGAGCCAGAGUUGACAGGCUUUGAGGGGGCGCUGCGCACAGGGCCCCCCUUUCACAGUACCCUGCAUGUUUCCCACCCCCUGGGGACGCUGGCUGUGUUUGAGAGACCCCAGGCCGGGACUGGGGGGAGCGUCUCCCCAUACUUGGUCGCUGCUGCCCCGCCCUCGGCUGCCUCCUAUGCAGCGCUUGAAGCUUGGCGUGAGCCCUAUCACCGGAGUCUGGAGUUGCAUCCGCUACAGCGCCUGCCCCGCUACCUGGAGACCCCAUCGCCUGCUGCCACUGCUGCUGAAGACUACGAGCGGGCCCGGUUAUAUGGCCUGGCCCCCCCACCCCACCCUAGCCUCAUGGCGUAUCCCCGCCACCAAAACGGGCUGCUGGCAAAAGCCACCCCCUCGGCUGCUGCCGCAGCUGCUGCUGUGGGUCUGCUGAGUGCCCCCCCACCUCUCAUCCCUGCUUCAAACGCCCGGUCCUGCUCCCCUCGGCGGGCUCCUGACAUCCGGGAACUGGCAGCCGCCUACAAGGACCGGGACUCGAGAUAAUGGUGCUGCAUCGAGGCCCUGGAACAGGCUUGCACCUGUAUCAAGCAGCUUCCCAUGUCUCCAGUGGACUGACGGAGUCAGUGUGAGCCCUGGGCAGAUGGCCUAGCCCCCCCCCCGCCCCUGCCCUUCAUAUGAGCUGGGAUAGGAGGGCAGCCUGUUGCUGCCUUAGCCUAAGGAGCAUGCAGCCACCCCCCACCCACCCCAGAAGGACUCCAGCCUCCUUCAGCUGUGAAUCGUGGGAAGCUUUUUCAGGCUCGGGUUGGGGCUUAAGAGAUGGGGGGGACAGUCUUUUUGGGGUGUUUGUGGUGGUGGAGCGGAGGCAGGGGUCCAGGUGCCAGAGUACCCUACGUUUGGGUAUCCAGUUUCUUCCCUGAUCCCUCUUCCUAACUCUGUGGGGAUUGUCACAGGUUUUGGUGUCUGCUUUCAGUAUUCCUGCUGGGCUGCAACUGACUCUGGGGUGUGUUCUUCUCCAUGAACUAAUGGGAAAGCUGCUUUCAGGGGAAGGGGGAGGGCUGUAUCUUGGGGCACCUCCCCCCACCAGGCAGUGUAAAUAUUUAUAUAUUCUGCCCCAGGCAGGUGGGGAAAACGUUUUUUUGUACAUUUAUAAAAGGUUUGAGAUUGUGAUUUUAAAAGUGACUUCUCCCUCUUCUCCUGCCCUCUUCCACAGCUCCCCUUGUUUUUACUGUACUGCUCUUUUCUAUACCUGUAUCUGCACCCUCGCCACCUGCCGGUCCCUUUCCUCCUUCUGUAAUUGACCGGAAAGGUGCAGUGAGGAGGGUGCAAUGCACUUGUCCGGUGCCCCUUUUCUUCCCCAGGUUGGUUAAUUAAACCCCAAACUGGUGCUUCUGGA